GGGGUCAUGUUACUAGAGAUCAUUAGUUGCAGGAAGUGCAUUGAUUUCUAAACAGAAAAGGAAGAGGAAGCCAUCCUCACUGAUCGGGCUUAUGAUUGCUAUAGAGGUCACGGAUUGGAAAAGCUGGUGGGGAAUGAUGAUGAGGUAAGAAAUGACAUGAGGAGGCUGGAGAAGCUAGUGAUGGUUGCAAUUUGGUGCAUUCAAGAGGACCCUGCUUUGAGGCCUUCCAUCAGAAAUGUCAUGCAGAUGCUUGAAGUUCUUGAAGUUCCUGCACCCCCAUGCCCUUUACCCUCGAAUUCAAUCUACUGAGACGGCAGAACUACUCACAUUUAAAUAAAUUUCCAGCUUUCAAUGUAUUUGCUAGCUUUAAGCUCCAAGAAACUCAGGGGAGUUCCAUGUCAAUAAAUGCCAUAUUAAUAGAACCCUGGACUAUGACUAUGAGAUUUGGCACAGAAAUGGGAUCACAUGUUAAGAUGGAAGGCCAAUGAUGCUGGGAUUUUCUUAGCAUAUACUCGUAGGUUUGGAAUGUGUUAGGACUAUUUCCAUAAACUUUGAAAUGAUUCGAAGUAAUCAGCAUGUUAGAGCCAAAACUCAUUGCAAUACAUAUUGAUUUUUGUUGACUCCUAUAGUAUUUAAUAGUAUGAAAAUUGUUUUCAAAGACCAUAGGAGUGGAUUUUUUCAGAGAUUGUUCUUAUGCUUUGCUAAUAGUUUUGUUUUUGUUCAGAAACUAUUGGCUUCUUUUAUGGUUUUUUUCAUUUCAUGUCUGUUUGACCAUUCCCAUAGUUCUGCAGUGUAAGAAUUGACUGGAAAAACCUCUUUCAAUACCUUCUCCCUGUGAGCUUGAGCUAGAGCUUCUUAUAACCAUCUUUGAUGAUAAUGAAAUAAAACAAGGCUGCUAGCCAAAUUUUGAAUUGCCCAGCUGCCAAAAAGAUGGAUGGGAAGCAAAUAAGGAGGCAGUAGAGUUCAGAGAAUUAGAAGCAACUAACCGGCCGUUGUCAGAUUAUCAACUUCAGAGAGGACCUGACUUCGACAAGAAGUGUAGACAGUCAUGCAAAGAAGAUCACCUCUGUGCCGUUGCUAUCUAUGGCAGCAAUAUGUGUUGGAAGAAGAAGCUCCCUCUUUCAAAUGGAAGACGAGGCAAAAUUGCUGUUAAAUGUACUACCGCUACUGUCAAGGUACCCACAAAUAAUGCUACACGAAGAUGCCGGGAUAAGUCAACCUUGAUCCUUGUUGGGUCAGUACUCCUUGGCAGCUCUGCUUUCUUUAAUCUCUUUUUACUGUCAGCUAUUCUUGCAGUUGCUCUCUUCUGCUAUCACAAGAAAUCAACAAAACUCCAGUCUGUUUCAAUCAUAUUUGCGACAACCAGUGUAAGAACUUAUUCAUACAAAGAGCUUGAAGAGGCAACCCAUGGCUUCAAAGAUAUAUUGGGCAGAGGGGCUUUUGGAACAGUUUAUUAGGGGGUUUUAGCAUCAGAUCCCGAGAGGUUUGUUGCUGUGAAGAAGUUACAUAAGGUGAUUCAAGAAGGCGAGAAGGAAUUCAAAACAGAAGUGACUGUAAUCAGCCAGACCCACCAUAGGAAUUUUGUCGGUUUGCUAGGCUACUGCAAUGAGGGAGAGCACCUACAUCUGGUAUACGAGUUCAUGAGCAAUGGAUCUUUAGCAAACUUGCUGUUUGGAAUAUUCAGGCCAGAGUGGAGCCAAAGAGUCCAGAUUGCCUUUGAGAUUGCCAGAGGGCUAAUGUACUUACACGAAGAGUGCUGCACCCAGAUCAUCCAUUGUGAUAUAAAGCCUCAAAACAUAUUCCUGGACGACCACUUUACGCCUAGGAUUUCAGACUUUGGACUAGCAAAGCUUUUGUUGGCUGAUCAAGCUCGAACUACCCGAACAGGCAUUAGAGGGACCAUAGGGUACUUUGCACCCGAAUGGUUCAGGAAAGAAUCAAUCACAGCUAAAGUUGAUGUCUACAGUGAUGGUGGAAUGUUACUGGAGAUCAUAUGUUCCAAGUCCAGUGUUGUAUUUGCAGAUAACGAAGAAGAAGAGGACGUGCUAAUGGAUUGGGCUUACGAAUGCUAUAUGGAAGGGAAAUUGGAGGAGAUGGUAGACGAUGAUGAGGAAGCAAGGAAGGAUACAAAGAGGGUGGAGAGGAUGGUAAAGGUUGCAUUUUGGUGCAUUCAAGAGGAUCCAGGGCUAAGGCCAACAAUGAGGAAGGUUACACAAAUGCUAGAUGGUUUAGUUAAAGUUCCCGUGCCCCCACGCCCCUUCGGAGUCUUCAUCAGUUUAUCUUGAACUGUUACUCUUCUCUUUACAGCAUUUAUAUGUAUAUGCAAAUGAAUUCCCCCCCGCCUAUGAAUCUGAUUUUUCUGACCUUCUUGGCUAGUUUGUAAUCUAUGCUGUAGUUUUAUGAAUGUUGAGGAAAGAACGGAAGGAAUGUUUUCUUCUUUUUUUGUGGCAUAGUUUUAAAUAAGCCAAGUGAACCACUUAACAACUACGGAAACACAUGGAUGCUUUGGAUUUUUUUCUCACUUUCUCUAUCCAUUUCUCUUAUACAGGCAUGGAGGAAAGCAAGAGCAUCUUGUGCUUCAUAAUAAGCUACCAGGAUGGGCAUAAGAAUUCUUAUGAGAAACAAAGUUCGGAUAUGACCAUGGAAAAACAAGUGAGUUGCAAAUGCCAGCUUGUGACUUCACAACUCUUCAAACUUCAGAAAUUGAAAUUUUAGACGUGUCUCAGUGGAAGCAACUUCCAAUGGCACCACACCAGCUCUCAAUCAGAAAAUGUGAUCAUGUGGAAUCUCUAUUAGAGGAGGAAAUCUUGCAAACCAACAUACAUGAUUUGGAAAUCUAUGAUUGUAGUUUUUCCAGAUCCCUGCACAAGGUUGGUUUACCCACUGCAUUGAAAUUACUACCAAUCUCUGAGUGUUUGGAAUUAGAGUUUCUCCUACCUGAGUUGUUCAGAUGCCAUCUUCCAUUCCUUGAAAGCCUAAGCAUCAAUGGUGGUGUUAUCGAUGAUUCUCUCUCGUUAUCCUUCUCAUUAGGCAUCUUCCCCAAGUUGACUUAUUUCACAAUCGAUGGUCUUAAGGGGCUUGAGAAGCUCUCCAUUUUUAUUUCAAAUGGAGAUCCCACAUCUUUAUGUUUCUUGCAUCUACUUAAUUGCCCUAAUCUUGAAUCUAUCGAAUUGCUCGCACUUAACUUGAAGUGUUGUUGGAUCUCGAGUUCCUCCAAGCUCAGGUCGUUGGCGCACAUGCACUCAUCUAUACAGGAGCUGCAUUUAUGGGAUUGUCCAGAAUUAUUGUUUCAGAGAGAGGGUUUGCCUUCCAACCUAUGUGAACUUCAAUUUCGAAGGUGUAACAAAGUCAUGCCUCAGGUGGACUGGGGUUUGCAAAGGUUGACCUCUCUUACACGUUUAAGAAUGGAAGGUGGAUGUGAAGGCGUUGAAUUAUUUCCCAAGGAGUGUCUGCUGCCCUCUUCUCUAACUUCUCUUGAAAUUGUAAAGCUUCCCAAUCUCAAGUCUCUUGACAGCGGGGGACUUCAACAACUCACCUCUCUUCUAAAAUUAGAGAUCAUAAACUGCCCAGAGCUCCAGUUCUCGACAGGAUCAGUUCUUCAACACCUUAUCUCUCUCACAGAAUUACAAAUUGAUGAAUGCCCAAACCUCCAAUCCUUGACAGAAGUGGGUCUUCAACAUCUCACCUCUCUUGAAACAUUGCAUAUCGAGAAUUGCCCUAAGCUCCAAUACUUGACAAAACAGAGACUGCAAGACUCCUCGGGUCUUCAACACCUCAUCUCUCUCAAACAAAUCCAAAUCAAGGACUGCCCAAUGCUCCAAUCAUUGACAAAAGAGGGUCUUCAACACCUCAUCUCUCUUAAAACAUUGGAGAUCAUAGACUGCCGUAAGCUCAAAUACUUGACAAAAGAGAGACUUCCAGACUCCCUCUCUUUUCUGCGUGUCAACGGGUGUCCUUUACUAGAAAAGCCAUGUCAAUUUGAGAAAGGGAAAGAAUGGCGUUAUAUGGCUCAUAUUCCAAAAGUAGUGAUCAACCAUGUGCUAUUUUAAUAAAAGUGUGGCACUACACCAAUAUACAGUCAGCUUCAAGCCUCAAACAAAUAUUAAAGAGAAGCAGAGGAGGAUUGUCUGAUUCUAAUGGGCACAGAGCAAACUCAAGGACGAAUUCUAGUUAGCUGCUUUAUUA